AUGAGCAUGCUGAUCUAUCCUACUGCAGCCAAGGCCCUGCCGCCUACGCUAUCGUACGCGGAUGUCGAGCGGAAGCGGUCGUUCAAACCCCUCCAGACCUUUGCCGACGAAGUCGAUAGGGUGUUCCGCUACCCAUGUUCAAUUCGACGCAUGCUCAAGAUGUCUGCUGCGAUGAAGGAUCAAUUCCGGGAAAAGCUGCAAAAGAGUGAUGCCUGCAUGCUGCCGUCAUAUUGCCGCUCAGCAGGCAGUGAUGGAAUGAUCAUACACCACAUGACCUCCAACAAGAUCGACGAGCCCAUCAGACGGCUACGAGGCACAUUAUUCUUUGAAUGGAUGGCAGCAAAGAUUCAAGCUAUGCUGGCCGAGUGCCUUGAGGCGAGGCCCAAAGACCAGGUCAUUGCGCUCGGUCUCACAUGGAGUUUUCCUCUCGAACAGACGAGCUAUCGCACCGGCAAGAUUCAGGCGAUGGGAAAGGGAUUUCAGUGCGCUCACGAUAAUCUUGGGGCAGAUCUGGCCGCACUGCUCGAAAACGCUUGUACGACACUAGGGUUAGCCGUCCGUGUCGAGGCAAUCAUCAACGACGGAGCCGCGACUCUGCUCUCACAAGCCUACCUCGAGCCAACCACAUCAAUGGGCUUGAUUCUAGGUACCGGCACUAAUGCUGCCGCUUUCCUACCAACACUGUCGAUGGGCCGGUCAAAGUUCGGUUUGCGAAGUCCUUCAUGGUUCACACGAGCAGAGAAGGUCAUCGUCAACACGGAAUCGUCCAUGUUUGGCGGCGGUAUACUUCCCCGGAGUAAUUGGGACGAAGUUCUCAACCGCAACCACGCACUACCUGACUUUCAACCUCUGGAAUACAUGACCACUGGGCGCUACCUUGGCGAGCUCAUGCGGCUGAUCGUCCUGGACGCAGUGCAAUCCUGCAACAUGUUUGGUGGCACUAUUCCUGCCGAACUUCUGGAACCUUACAGCUUGGAUACUGCAAUACUUGCUCAGAUCGAAGAGGACCAGUCGUCGGAUAUGAAGGAUACAUCGGUGUUGCUUGUCCAGGCAUUUGGACUUCUCGAUCCACCCUCGCGCAGCAGCUCGCAUUCUUACGUCUGGUGGCCCACUCGAUAUCCAGGCGAGCAUCAGCUUACAUGGCAGUCGCGGUUCAUGCUCUGUGGAGCCUACAAAAGGAAACUUCGAUCACAUCGGAACCGACCACUACGGCAGCGAAAACAUCAAUUGCUUGCAACGGCAGUGUGA